AUGGCGGUCGAACCACUAUGGAUGUACAUGCCUGGGUCGAGGUGCGAGCCUGCGACGAGCAGCGCGGCUGGACAUGCAGCUGGCAGCCCUUUGGAGUCCUUGGCGACGGCGCCAGGCCUGGAGGGCUGGCGCGCCGACGUCGCAAAUGCUGACUCGUCGUGGCUUCAGGAGGACCUCAACCUCCUGCGCGAGCAGCAUUUGGCGAUGCAGCGUGCCGCGCGCGAGGAGAUCCGCGAGCUGCGGCAGAGGCUCCAGGAGGCACACAUCCAGAUCGCGGACACCUCCGCUGCGCAGCUGGUCUGCUCGGCGGCGCUGGUUCAGCCCAGGCCGCCCCCGCGGAAGCUCUUGGCUGCGCUCAUUCGCGAGGACCGGCUCCGCGCCGCCAGCCUGGCGCUGCAGGCCUGGCGCGAGGCUGCCGCGGCGAGGGCCAAGGGCUCCGAGGUGGUUCCUGAGGCCGUCGUGAUGGCCCUGCUGCGAUGCGGGCGCGUCCACCACUGUCUGGCAGUGUGGCGUGGACUGGCGGUCGCACGUUUCCGGCACCGCGCGUUUGAGGAGAUCGAUGGCCUCCGCCAGCUGCUAGAGGAGAGAUCUCGCGGACCUGAGGCGAGAGCACCUCAG